CCGGACGCAUGCGGCGCACCGCGCAUGUCCGCAGCGACGCUGCUUGGUGUGCUCCAAUCAACAGAACGUUUCCUAACACAGAUUUCUAAAAUGGCGACUGCCGAACCGGAAACCAACCCAAAUCCAUCCCUCCCAGAAGAGGAUGGAGCUGAUGAGGCAAGAGAGACGACUGCUCAGGAAAUUGUGAGCCCAGAAGCCUACAUCAAACACCCGCUACAAAACAGAUGGUCUCUAUGGUUCUUCAAGAAUGACAAGAGCAAAACAUGGCAGGCCAAUCUACGACUCAUCUCAAAAUUUGACACAGUUGAAGAUUUUUGGGCUCUGUACAACCAUAUCCAGUUGUCAAGCAAUCUCAUGUCAGGCUGUGAUUACUCCCUUUUUAAGGAUGGUAUUGAGCCCAUGUGGGAGGACGAGAGGAACAAGCGUGGAGGACGCUGGCUGAUCCCACUCAACAAGCAGCAGAGAAAAUUAGACCUGGACCGCUUCUGGUUAGAAACUCUCUUGUGCUUAGUUGGCGAGGCCUUUGAUGACUACAGCGAUGAAGUUUGUGGAGCUGUGGUGAACAUUCGCGCAAAAGGAGAUAAAAUCGCUGUCUGGACAUCAGACUAUGAAAACCGAGCUGCUGUAACACACAUAGGGAGAGUUUACAAGGAGUGCUUGGGGAUCCCCUCGAAGAUGUCUAUUGGUUACCAAUGUCACUUUGACACAGCAACCAAAAGUGGCUCCACCACCAAGAACAAAUUUGUCGUUUAAGAAGCACCUAUUGUGCUCCCGUUUCUAGUUGUCAUAUUUGUUGUCGGUGCAUAUGUUUACUUUGCUGCAAAGACUGCGGAGUGCAAUCCAAUACUACAAGCCAAAUGUUUCUAUAGCCUGCCCUCAACUUAGACCACAUAAAUAUAUGAAUGUGGCUCUUCCAAAAACACUAAACUAACACUUGGAUAAAAAUAUUAAAUGAACCUCAUUAUGAGCUAUGAUAUUUGAAAUGUUGACAUGGAGAUUUUAAGUUAACAUUUGGGAUGCAAUAUGGAAGUAACUUCAUAUUUGGAUGAAAACGAACAGGAUUUUAAUUGCAAUUGUUUAGCAAAAUAGCAACUAAUAUGGAAAAAAAAGAAAGAAGUUCCUCUCCAUGUCGGGAGAUUGCAGGCCAUGUAAACGUAUCCAAUGAUUUGUUUUGCUAGAGGUUGCUAUUUAGAGUGCUUCAUGGAUCCUCGAAGUGAAAAUAUACCGGUAUAUCUUUUUUUUUUUUUAAUUGCUGUCAAUCCUGAAAUGCAACAAUGUAUAUUUUUCUGCCAUUUUUUACAGCACGAGUGUUUUGCUGUAAUUGUGUAAGAAAUUAAACCCUUUAAUUUA